AGAGUGGGGCCGGGUCCGGGGAGGGAGCGGGCGGCUCUGCGCGGGGCAGCAGCGGGCAUUUGGCGGGAGGAGCUGCCAAGCACCGUGUGGGGGUCCCGGGAAGGGGUCCCUGGGAACAGCGCGAGGGGCUCCGGGUGAAGCUGCGGGGAGUGGCGGUGCCGCGGGCGGUGCCGUCGGGGUGGCCAUGGGCAGAGUGCGGGGCGCGCUGCGGGCGCUGCUGUCGCUGGCCGCGGGGCUGCUGGCGUGCGGCGGGGCCAGCGAGUACGACUACGUGAGCUACCAGUCCGACCUGGGCCCCUACCCUGGGGGGCGCUUCUACACCAAACCCCACCAGUGCGUGGCCAUCCCUGCCGACCUGCGGCUCUGUCACAGCGUGGGCUAUGAUAAGAUGGUGUUGCCCAACCUGCUGGACCACGAGACCAUGGCCGAGGUGAAGCACCAGGCGAGCAGCUGGGUGCCGCUGCUCAACAAGAACUGCCACAUGGGCACCCAGGUCUUCCUCUGCUCCCUCUUUGCCCCCGUCUGCCUGGACCGGCCGGUCUACCCGUGCCGCUGGCUCUGCGAGGCUGUGCGUGACUCCUGUGAGCCCGUCAUGCAGUUCUUUGGCUUCUUCUGGCCGGAGAUGCUCAAGUGUGACCAGUUCCCACAGGAUGAUGUCUGCAUUGCCAUGACAACUCCCAAUGCCACCGAAGUCUCCAGGCCUAAAGGAACCACUGUGUGUCCCCCAUGUGACAACGAGAUGAAGUCGGAGGCCAUUGUUGAGCACCUGUGUGCCAGUGAGUUUGCUCUUAAGAUGACCAUCAAGGAGGUGAAAAAGGAGAACGGGGACAAAGUGAUCAUUCCACGGAAGAGGAAGGCGCUGAAGCUGGGGCCCAUCCGCAAGAAGAACCUGAAGAAGUUGGUGCUGCUCCUGAAGAACGGGGCUGACUGCCCCUGCCACCAGCUGGACAACCUUGGCCACCACUUCCUCAUCAUGGGCCGCCAGGUGAAGACCCAACACCUUCUGACAGCCAUCUACAAGUGGGACAAGAAGAACAAAGAGUUCAAGAAGUUCAUGAAGAAGGUGAAGGCUCCGGACUGCCCCACGUUCCCAUCCGUCUUCAAGUGACCCCCAUGGGGGCCAAACCCCUCCCUUUCCUCCUUGUCCUCGGAGCUCCCCCCAGCCCCACCUCCUGCCCCCUGCCAGCAUUUCCCAGAGUGAGCACUGAGCAGACCCCGAGGUCACGGACCACAUACAUCUGCAGUAGCCAAAGACCCAUUGCUAUGAGUUCAUGGAAAUAGCAACGAUCAGAUGCAGAGGGCUGUGAGACCACGUGAUUUUGGAUGUGAUCCUCGUGACCACCUGUGUUCAUGGCUGCAGGAGCACCCAAGUUAACUCCUACUGCACCAGAGCCAGCCUAUUGGAAAAGUAUUCCAUCCUGACAAUGCAAGUUAAUAAACAAGUGCAGCAGUAUCCAUCAGACCUCUGAUAAAGCCUCCUGGUAGCUAAUUGUCCUCGUGGUAAAUACAAACCAACCAGUAUUCCAGUCUGAGUGCCUUUGGGUUGAGCCUCAGCCCUGGGACCUCACGGUGCCCUGAUCUGCUGGGUCUCAUUCCCAACCAUUGCGUGAUCCCACUCACCUGGCUGUGUCCCUCAGUGAGGCACUCCUUGCUGGCUCACCUCACUGCUUGCUUUACCACCAGUAUCUCAUGGUUUCUUCAGGCCAUCAGCAAAAUAUUGCACUGCAGACGGGCAAGGAGUGGUCCCUGCAGAGUGCCACAGGACAGCAUCACCUCCAUGCUCCUCUUCCUGCAGUUGCUGUGGGACUGACUGGUGUCUGGGUUUUGGUGUGUGACAAGUUGGCUUUGUAUCAUUCUGUGCUUUUUUUCCUGUAAUCAGAAUGUCACAUUAGUGUGAGGUUCUGUUGUUUUAUGGAAGGCAAUGAAUACUGCAUCCAAAUGAUGACAUUUAUUGACCAGGCUGAAAUUCAUUAUUCUUUUAAUUGGAUGUGUUCUUUUCUCCAUAGUCCCACAUUGCUCCGCAUUAAUUACACCACCCUGCUUCUAUCCAUCACUCUCAUCAAUCACAAUUACUCAUAAGAGAAUGACUGUCUUAAAACUUGAUACAAUCCUGUAGCUUUGCACCCAGCUCUGCUCAGAUCUGGUGCAUGAAUUGUUCUCUGGCUCGGGAGCGCUGUGUGUUUCUUUCACGACUGAACCAUGGACUUCAUUGUAGAUAAGUCCCAUAAAUAUGCUGAGCACCCUGAUGAAUGCUGCUUCAGAACUAGCAGAGAGAUGGAUUUAGGAUGUGAACUCUUUAGAAAAUCCUACUAAGUGUCUUAGACCACAGUGUGUAUUAGCGUUAUUACUGUGAUGCAGAGUUAAUCGUUGUAGAUAAUGUACCUUAUCAAUGAAUUGAAAACAGAGCAAAACCGCAGAAAGAUCCAUCCGAAGCUGUAGAAGCAGCUCAGGGCUGCUGAGCUGAGCUGUGUGUGAUGUUUCAGGCACGGCACGUUGGACAUCUCCAUAUACCUGUGUGGUCAUUGUACCAAACAGCUGUGGGAUCUGCCAGCAGUUCUGUGCAGACGGAGCAGGCAGAGCCCCUGUGCAUCAUUGAGUCCCUCGUGCUCUCUUUGUAUGUGGAGGUUUUUAAUAAAAAAAUAACAGCACUAAAAGAGAUAUGUUUGAUGUAACAUCGUGUUGUAGGCAAGAUAUACUUACAUUUUGUUUUAAUGUAAUUUUAGAUCAUUAAUUUAGAAUGUGUGUGGCAGCCCCAAAUCAGAGCUGCAGCUGCUGCCUGUGCUGCCCUGUACUCCCAACCCCAGCAUGUGGGGGUCCCUGCGGUGGAGCAGCAGCGGGGCUGCAGUCCAGGCCCACAGUGCUGAGGCUGAGGCUGCAGAACUACAUCAGCAUCCGCUUCCCUGGCGUGGGUGAAAGCCUCAGACGUGGUGAAGGUGUUCAGCACUGCAACCACAGCAGUGUGCUCAUGGCAGAUGGUUUCGGCGGUUGGUUUUGAUGUUACAGCUUGCAUUUACUUUCAAAUCUAAUAUCUGUUCUUUAUGCUUUGUCUUUUAUGUAUCAAUCGUCUCUUAACUAAAACUGCUAAAUUAAUCAACAACGACAUGAUUCCCCCUCCCUGUUUUUAUGGAGACUUUUUUUUCUGUCCCAAGUCAGUGCUGUCAGAGGUGGCUGCAGAGCAAUGCAGUGCAAUGCAAUGGGACGUGAUGCGAUGCUGGGGAUGGCUGGGCUGGACGUGCUGCAGCUUUUUGGACAAGAGGAGGGAGAUGCUUCUCACAGCCAAACCUGACGUUCCCCAGUGGUGCAUCCCUGCUGUAAGAACCCAGAAAUCAUCUUGCAGUGCAGCCCAUGCACUCUGCAAAGAGGUCUGGGGGUGUGAGAGUGGCGUGGGGGCCCUGCAGGGCACAGAGUUGCAGUGGGCUUUGAGGACUCCACCUGCCUUACUUACUCGUGAGGCUCAAGGGGAGCAGCCCAAGCUACGCAUCAAGUAGUUUUUGAAGGACAAAUGCUCCAAAUGUAAUUGUGAUGGAGAGCGUAGAAGUGCAUGAAGAGCACAGAUGUUGUGUGAGUGCUCUGGAGCAGGCACUACCCAGAGCUGUGUGAGGAGUCUGUGCUGCUGUGGGAACCUCUCAUGUGAGCACAAUGCAUUACAGCAGAGCGCUGCUUGCUUUUCUCAUAGUAUAUUUUGACAAAGAAAUCUGUACUUGAUUGUUUUGCUUUGUUUUAAACUUGUGGUUGAUAUAAACACAUUAUGGCUUCUGUUCUCUCUCUUCUGUGAUUGGAGCAAGAAAACCUCUCAAUAAAAUGUUUUUUUUUUUUUUCCCUUUCUUUCAAA